UAUAAACUAAGAUUAGUGUAUUUUUGAUAGACACGAUACAUACAAUUCACAUUAUCAAUUAAUUGAUUCUUAUUAUAUAAUGACAUAUUUAAACAUAAAGCUGGAUGAUGAUAUUCCAUUGUUUUAUUAUGAUUAUUAUUAUUAAUGAUGGGUAUGUUACCAUAGUAACCAUAAGAAAGCUGAUCGAGAAGAUGUAAAAAGUUUCAUUAAUCGAUUAGAAUUUGAUAGUACAAAUCAAACACUUGAAAAAUUAAUUGAAGAUCUAUUCGCCAAGUUAAAUGUAGCGGAAAAUGAACUCAAAUCAUUAUUAAUCGAUUUACAAGAAACUAUGGAAAAUAAAUUAGAUCGUGAUGAAAUGGAACAAUUAAGAGAAUGGUUAGAGAAACGAUUUAAAUCAAUAAAUAAACGUUUGAAUUCAUUUACACAUGAUACAUCACCAACUAGACAAAUAACAGAUGAUGCUGCUGCUGGUUUAAAACGUAGUCUUAUGCAACAUUAUCAUUGUAUAUCAUGUGAUCGUCCAUUAGAGGUUGCUUUAAGUCAAGAAUAUUUAGGCAGUUACCCAGCUGAUAGUCGAGGAUUUCCAAUGAAUAAAUCCAUACGACCAUAUACUACAUUCGAUUUGGAAAGUUUACGUCAUCAAAUACAAACACGAUCUAAUAAAGCAUUUUAUGUAGAUCCACCAUAUAGACGAUAUAAUUGUAAUUAUUAUGAUGUUUAUGGUGGUACACCACGUCAAUGUGGUGGAACGCAUACAACUGCACCAUCGUCCAAAAGAAAAUCACGUGCAACAACGUGUAAAAGCUCUCUUCAUGAUGGUGAUGUCACAACAAAGUCUUCCAUUCCAUAUACUCACAGAGAAACUCUUAAUUUACAAGGUAUGGAUGGUCAUAUCUAUCGUGGUUCGCCAAUACUAGAAAGUCAACAUUUAGUAAAUAAUAAUGAUUUGUCAGCAGGGAAAGAUGAAGAGAAUUUAGAUAAAGAUUCUGAUCGAAAUGAAAAGCUACCACCAGUUUCAAAGUCAAGUCGUUAUGUUAAUACAGUAACAGCACGACCUCAAGGUGCUUAUAAAUAUAUCGGUUCAGAGAGACGUGAAAAAAGUCAAUCACCUCAACGUAUAAAACGUGUUAAUUCAGAUGAAUUUCCAUUAAAACAAUUCAAUUCAAAUGGAAUAGAACAUUUACCUCAAUUAAUAAUUGGUUCAACACAAUUACCUAAUCAACGUCAUCGUAAAAUUCCAUUAAAUCAAUCAAAUUCUAAAUUAAUUAAUGAACAUAUAUCAGUUAAAUCGAAUGGUUAUGCUGUAAUUGUUGUACCAAAUACUGGAACAAUAGAACAAGAAACUCCAGAGCUGAAAACAGAAAAUGGUUGGAUUGCUGAAAGGUUGAACAAUGAAGUAAAUGAAGAUUCAUCUCCAACUGGUAAAGAGAAGCAUAGUUCAACUUAUCCAAGUCCAGCUACAAAUGAUAAUGAUGAAGGAGAAGAGGAAAUAGAACUAGUUACAAUAGAACAAACUUCACCAGAUGUGAAUAUUACAGUAGAUGAUAUCUCCAACUAG